AGCUAUUUAAAUGUAGCCUAUUUGUAUCCUUCGUUUUUGCACUUUGUAGACGGUCCCUAGACGUUCGGCUGAAAGCAGAAUGCUCACAGGGAUGCGUUUUAUUUAUCCACAUAUGUACACGGUUCUUUCGGAUGAAAACGGUUUGUAGCUUGUUGUCUACCCUACUACGGUUAGAUAGAGCUCUCUAUUGUGCAAUGAAAACAUUUCUCCUAUGAUUUAUUGAACCGCAAAACGCGAAUCUUGCGAAUCUGGCCAUUUCUGUCUAACUUUACCGAAGUGAGCGUGCGGCGCUCUGAGCGCUAGUUGCCAAUUCUCGUGUAAAGACAGGACGGACACUGAGAUCGCAGAACUUGUGCGGCUUAGCUUUGUGCCAAUUUGGGUAAGGUUUGUGAAGGAAAAGUUUUGAGGGACUGCUCAGUAUGCUUUUGCGCACUGUGUGGUUGCUGGUUUUGCUGGUGAGCGUCCAACACGUGAGGACUAUUUGGACAUUCGAGUGUCCACUGGUCUGCCAGUGCACUCUGGAGAAAUUAUGCUGCACGAGAGAAACACAAGAGAAAUCGCAAAGACAUUCACCAUCUGCACUGCGAAUUGUACACCUGCCAUUGAGGGAAAUUCAAAGCAGUUCUUUCAAAGGGUUACUCAAUGUAUCCAGAAUAGAAAUCGCUCAAAGUGACUCGGUCAGAAGGAUAAAACACCAGGCAUUCCUUUCUUUGAAAACCCUUACAGAAAUUGCAAUACUGAACAUGAACCAUCUUGUGUCAAUUGAGAGUGGAGCCUUCACUGAUAUACCCAAACUACGAUAUUUGAGUAUUUGUAAUACAGGAAUAACACAAUUUCCUGAUCUUUCCUUCAUCUCUACACUGGAGUUAAACUUUCUAGAGCUAGGAGAUAAUAUGAGAUUGGAGAGCAUCCCAUCCAAUGCUUUCUCAGGCAUAUCAGAGUACAAUUACAUUAAUCUUGUCAGAAAUGGAUUCAAGGAAAUCAAGUCUUAUGCCUUCAAUGGAACCAGACUGGAGACGCUGAUUCUGAGAGAUAACCGGUAUCUUCACAAAAUCCAUGAAGAUGCCUUUGAGGGAGCAAGUGGACCAACAGCUCUUGACGUGUCCUCCACCGCUCUGAGUUCACUCCCUGCACGUGGUUUGACGCUUGUGAAGAAGCUGACGGCACGUUCCACACCUGCUCUUAAGACCCUGCCCCCACUGGAGAACCUACAGAACCUACAGGAGGCCCAGCUCACCUACUCGAGCCACUGCUGCGCCUUCCACACCUGGCGACGGAACAGAGAAAAUCCUCUAAAAGCCUUCUUCAACCUGACAAGGCUCUGUAAUGAAGAUGCUGGAGCAGACAUGGAGACUGCCACUGACGGUUUGGUUGAUCCCGAUGACAUCAGCUUCUACUACCCAGACCUGGAGCUGUGUGUCAGCAGCAGUGUUCCCAUCACAUGUACCCCGGAGCCUGAUGCCUUCAAUCCCUGCGAGGACCUGCUGGGCUAUGGCUUCCUCCGCUCCGUCACCUGGGUGGUCACCAUAUUUGCUGUGGCGGGCAACCUGGCUGUGUUGUUCAUCCUGCUGUCCAGUCACCAGAAGCUGACCGUGUCCCGCUUCCUGAUGUGCAACCUGGCCUUUGCUGACCUCUGCAUGGGUCUGUACCUGCUCCUCAUCGCCGCCAUGGAUUACCACUCGCGCCAGGAGUACUACAACCACGCCACCGACUGGCAAACGGGUCCUGGCUGCCAAGUGGCCGGCUUCCUCACAGUCUUUGCGAGCGAGCUUUCCGUCUACACGCUCACGAUGAUCACCCUGGAGCGCUGGCACACCAUCACCCACGCCAUGGAGAUGGACCGGAGGCUCAAGCUGCGGCACGUGGCCCUGAUGAUCGCCGGCGGCUGGGUGUUCUCCCUCCUGGUGGCCCUCCUGCCCAUACUGGGCGUCAGCAGCUACACCAAAGUGAGCAUCUGCCUGCCCAUGGACAUCGAGACCCCGGCCGCUCAGGGCUACGUGGUGAUGGUGCUCCUGCUUAACGUGGUGGCCUUCCUGGUGGUGUGCACGUGCUACAUUCGCAUCUAUGUUAGCGUGCGCAACCCAGAGCUGGCGGGCCGCAGCGGGGACACUAAGAUCGCCAAGCGAAUGGCCGUGUUGAUAUUCACGAAUUUCCUGUGCAUGGCGCCCAUCUCCUUCUUCGCCAUUUCAGCGGCGCUGUGGAUGCCCCUCAUCACCGUCUCCCACUCCAAGAUCCUGCUGGUCCUGUUCUACCCCAUCAACUCGCUGUGCAACCCUUUUCUUUACACCAUCUUCACGCGGGCGUUCCGGCAGGACAUUUGCCAACUGCUCAGCCGCUGUGGCUGCUGUCAAGACAAGGCCUGUUUGUACCAGGCUAAGGGCUUCAGUCCUCACCCAAGUAUACCCAAAUGCAAGACUCCAUCCAAGAAGCACCACUCUCUACAGUUUUAUGCAUACCACAUCAAGAUGCAGGGCUGCUUCCUCAGCAAAGGGCCAACAUGACUAUGAGCCUCUACUGACAAAGCUAUGGACAUAAUCUACUGAAAUGAAUGUUUUCUACGUUGGUGCUGUCAAUACAAUGUAUAUAUGUAGCUAUCUUUUUCUGUAUACUAUUUUUGUAAUAUGGUAUUGAAAAAAAUGACCAGUGUUCCAUACAUCUGUAGAUUCUUAAAUACAAAACAUAAGGGGAGCUAGCUUGACUUUCUAAAUCUUAGGAAAGUCUAAGUAGUCUAAUCAUUUUUCUAUACACAUCUUUUGCACACAGCUAAAUUAGCAUUUGAGAAACAACAUCCAAAGUGUUUUUGGAAGUCUGUCUUCAUAUGCAUGAUAAAUGGGGCUUCCACAGGCCCGUUAGCACACACUGCCUGGCCUACAGUCAGACAUGUCUGGCAAGAGGGAAACCUCCUCCACGGAAGAGCAGCUUUUAACAAUCAGCAGUGAGAUACUGCAGAACAACCUGACCAACUUAAUCUGCCAGGGCCACAGAGAGCUCAUGGUCAGCCAUGUAUAACUCCACAACAUCCUCAGAGCCAGAGCCACACACACACACACACACAAAUAACUGUUCUGAACUACGCUGUUCAUGGUAGGUAAAGGUAAAUUGGUACCAAUUAUGGUGCUUUAAAGGACGUUUUUGUUUAAUUGUUUAGUGAUGCACAAACGGGCGGACUGAAAGCAUAGUAGUAUUUAACUAUUUGUGCACAUUAAGACAAAUUGCUGAUUCGUCACCAAGUCAUGAAGGCAAAUCAACACAAAAAAAAAAAACAACAGCAGGUAACCAAAUAGGAACUCUGUAAGUCAGGUGACUCAGGUCAUCUGCACUGGAGCA